AUGUGUUUGCCUAUUAAAACAUUGAAGAUUAUUGCUUUUGUUUAAGUCUUUAUUGCUUUUGGACUUUCUAUAUUGGCUUUUAUUGGUGCAUAUUAUAUUUCAAAACUUUUGGGUAAAGUGGAUGAAUAACUAUCGGGAUUAGGAGUAGGCUUCAUCUCGUUGAAAUUUUUAUCAAGACCAUUUUGGACCUUGGCUUUGGGAAUCUUGGUAGUCGCAAUAUGUGGAAUACUAGGGACUAUAAUGAAGAAUAGGAAAUAUUUUUUAGUAAUGUUCAACAUGGGGAACUUAUGCUUCUUUGUGACUUUCACCUUAGUAGGAGUUAUAGCAAUUAUUGUUGGAGCUUUUAUGGCAUAGGAUCAAACUUGCAGUCCAUCAGAUCCAUAAUAUACAACAGUUCAAACAAUGUACAAUCAAGCUUAAUUAAAUCUGUGCAAAAGCCCUUGUGAAUGUUACUAUUCGAAGGAUAUCACUCCUUAAGCAUCAACAGAAGUCUUAGUAUAUUCUAAAACUGAUGAGAGCAAAGCGAUAAAAGCAUAAGAAUGCAGUUAUUUUAAUAGCGCUUUCUCUAUGGAUGCAUCAGCUAUUUAGUGGAUGGAAGAAAAAUUUGAUUGUUCAGGUUGGUGCAUAGAGUAUCCAAUUUAAAUGUUUAAUGACGUCAAUUCAGAUGUGAAAGAUCAAAAAUUCUCUUGCUAUAAAGCAUUAGGUAAUUAUUUUAAGAGGCUUUUUUCAAUAUCUGGAAUAGUAUUUAUAAUUAUGGCAUUUAUUAUGGGAUUGAUGUUUAUAUUUACAUGUUGUUUGGGUUAUCACCCAGAAAAUUAGCACAAAUUUGAUAAUUAUAACAAGAUUAGAAAUUAAAGAUGA